AUGGUCUUUCCGCUUGUCAAGACCUUCCUAGUCCCAAUCUUCAGCUCCCUCCUUAGCUCCAAGCGCUCGACCCACAAGCUAGACAUCACGCUCAAGGACUGGCACACCUUCGGCGGUAGCGGCGGCCAGAGCUGGCGUGGCCACGGCCCUCCCACGGCGAACCCUAUUACCAACGAGCCUGCCCUGGAGGAGGAGGAGUGGUGGAACUGCCUGGUCUGCAGCCGGCCCCAGGCCGCGGACGAGACGGGGUUCAACAAGCACAUCAACCUGUGCCUGUCGCGGUAG